AUGGCAAGGUCACCUUGUUGCGAGAAGAACGGGCUCAAGAAAGGGCCAUGGACUUCCGAAGAAGACCAGAAGCUUGUUGACUAUAUCCAGAAACAUGGUUAUGGUAACUGGCGAACCCUCCCCAAAAAUGCUGGUUUACAAAGGUGUGGCAAGAGUUGUCGGUUAAGGUGGACUAACUAUCUCCGACCAGAUAUAAAACGAGGACGGUUCUCUUUUGAGGAAGAAGAAACCAUUAUUCAGCUUCAUAGCUUCUUAGGAAACAAGUGGUCUGCUAUUGCGGCACGCUUGCCUGGAAGAACAGAUAACGAGAUCAAGAACUUUUGGAACACUCAUAUAAGAAAGAAGCUACUUAGAAUGGGGAUCGAUCCAGUGACUCACAGUCCACGACUUGAUCUCCUCGAUAUCUCAUCCAUCUUAGCUUCAUCUCUAUACAAUUCAUCAUCAUCACAUCAUAUGAACAUGUCAGGACUCAUGAUGGAUACUCAUCGUCGUCAUCAGCACCAAAAUCCAUUGGUUAACCCCGAGAUACUCAAGCUCGCCACCUCUCUCUUCUCUCAAAACCAAAACCAUAAUCAAAACCUUGUGGUGGAUCAUGACUCGAGAACUCAAGGGAAGCAACCAGUUUAUCAUCAACAUGAUGUUAACCAAGCCGGAGUAAACCAAUACCAAACUGACCAGUAUUUUGAGAACACAAUUACUCAAGAACUCCAAUCUUCCAUGCCGCCAUUCCCAAAUGAAGCUCAUCAGUUUGACCACAUGGAUCAUCACUUCAAUGGUUUUGGAGAGCAAACUCUAGCUUCAACUUCGACUACGUCGGUCCAAGAUUGCAAUAACCUAUCGACGUUCAACGAUUAUUCAAGUUCUAAUUAUGUCUUAGAUCCGGAUCAGAGCUUCAACUUCGCUAACUCGGUAUUGAACACGCCAUCCUCGAGCCCGAGCCCGACUACGUUAAACUCGAGUUACAUCAAUAGUAGCAGUUGCAGCACUGAGGAUGAAAUAGAAAGCUAUUGCAGUAAUCUCAUGAAGUUUGAUAUUCCAGAUUUCUUGGACGUUAAUGGUUUUAUUAUAUAGUUCCAAGAAAAGUUAAAAACUCGAGUGGGAUAUAGUGUUUUU